AUGCCUGAAAUAUCCCCCAACGCGCUAGCCGCGUUGGCGAAGAAGCAUCUUAGCUUGCCAGCGUCCACACCUGAUGAACGCGUCCCGCGUUUUUAUUUCGACGAACUCAGACGACACCUUGCCCUCUGGCCGGACGAAGACAACUUUCGCGUCACGUUGCAGCCCAAAGUUGGAUUGGGCUCGGUAACAUGUCUCAAAGAUGGAUGCAACGAGAUCAUCCCCCUGAUUCGACGCGUCCGGGCGGUCGAUGGUGGUAAGACGGACGGGCUAGGGUCUCUUUCGGCUUAUCGGAACCACCUGUCCAAGCACAUUGCCCUUUCGAGGCAGACGCGUGCCAAAGCCGGCCCCAAUGCUCCUGCCUCAAAUGAAAGGGCACCGCCAACGACAAAGAUGAACAUCAAAUCAGAAUCACCAGCUUCCCCCCAGCCUGCAUCCACCUCUGCGAGCACUUUUCCUCGCUCGACCAGCUUGUCCCAGCGCGAAAACACUGCGGCUCGUGUCAAAUCUGAACCCACGGAGUCAGUCAUUCCCCGCAAGCGCUUAUCAGACAUCGCAUUCGCUGGACAGCCCAGCGCCGACGAUCCUUGUGGCCUGGUGGCCCUUCACACCGGGAAAAAGGCUAAAAGCGACCUUGUUUCGAAGCAACCCUUCACUCAAGUUACCAACUCCCCUCGUCCCCUUCCGAGCUCCUCCAAGGAUCCUGAAAUGUAUCCGUCCUACUACAUUGACGAGCCGACCCUCCAGUUGGACGACAUCCGCCUGGCACUGGCCGGUCAGGAGAGCAUGCUCGCACUGCUGUCUCGCAAGCCCCAGAAGACGACGAUGGACUACCAGGCUAUCGCUAGCUACGAGCAGGAGAUCCAACGGCUCCUCAAUAUGGAACAGCAGUACGACAUAAUGAUGCCCAUCGCGUCCUCGUCGAUGACGCCCUAUGCCCAACCUCAACCUAACAUCAAAGCAGAGCCUGCGCCUACCAUCCUGCAGCCACAGCCUCGAGUCACGCAUACCAGGCCAGCUGCAGCUCAGCCCUUCCCAAUGUUGAUGGAUAUCGAUCGCAAGCCUAUCGUUAAGCGUGAAGCCCCAGUCAUCUCCACCUUCGCUAAUCCUGCUAUGGCCGCUGGGCCAACGACAUCGAAUCCGUACUUCGGUUUUGACGAUAUCAAGCCUGUCUUCACGGACAAACGAGUUGUGCCCGACCCAAUAACACAGCCAACCAAGCCUAUUGCCCAGUUUAACAACCCCAUUGCAUCAAGCUCCAAAGCAACGCCACCUCUGCCGCCGCCAUCUGUCAGCAAUGUCAAUGCGGACUUUUCGAACGACAACAGCGAUUACGACUCGGACGACGACAGCUAUGAGUACGAAAACUUGCCUAACGUUGAUCACCUCGCCGCAAAAAUGAAUUUCAAGGUCCCGCCACCACUCAGCAGCGAUGCAUACGACAGGAAUGGCGACUACCACGGACGCGACCCCGACCUCUUCGUUGGCCCCCAGGCGAGUCAUGACGACCUCGAGAAGUUCCUGGUCCAGGCAGGUAACGCAGAGAUGUUUGAUGGUAACGAGAGCGUGGAUAAAGCAACCAAGCUGCUCGGCCUGAAGGGGCUCCAGGAUCUAAUUCCUGGGAUGGAGGUUACGUUGAUGGCCCAUCAGGCCAUUGGGGUCGCCUGGAUGGUGCAGAAAGAGCAGAGCGACCUGAAAGGUGGAUGUCUCGCUGAUGAGAUGGGUCUUGGAAAGACGGUACAAAUGAUUGCUACGAUUUUGAAGAACAAGCCCAAGGAUCCUAAAUGCAAGACCACCCUAAUCGUUGCUCCGUUGGCUCUGUUAGACCAGUGGAAGUUGGAGAUUGAGACGAAGACGAACUGCGGGCUUUCUUGUUACAUUUAUCAUGGCAACAACAAGACAAGGAGGAAGGCAGAGAUCCUAAAGCACGAUAUUGUGUUGACGACUUAUAAUACCAUGUCGCGCGAAUGGCCCGACUACGAGAAUGAGAUGAAGAAGAAGGCGAAGGCGAAGAAGAAAGGAGAUGGCUUCAUUGCUUCGGAUGAUGAUCUGGAUAUGCACGAUCAUACCUACCGGAACAAAAAGCGAAAGGAACAAGCUGGUCUUCUCUUCCAAGUCGAGUUUUACCGCAUCAUCACGGAUGAGGCUCAAUAUAUCAAGAAUCGUCGCACAAGGGCCUCUCGAGCUAUUACCGACCUUCAAGCCACAUACCGUUGGUGCUUGACUGGAACUCCAAUUGUCAAUUCCCUAGCAGAUGCUUUUGCAUAUCUUCGCUUUUUGAGGAUGAGGCCGUGGUAUGACUGGACCAAGUUCCAGAGCGAGAUAGGAAGGCUUGAGAAGAAGAGACCUGACGUAGCCGUUACCCGCCUCCAGACCGUGAUGAACACUUUCCUCCUUCGGCGUAAGAAAGACUCGAAGUUGGAUGGCAAGCCUCUCAUUGAGCUGCCCGAGAAGGAUAUCAGGCUUGCAAAGCUGGAAUUUUCACAAGAGGAGCGGGCUAUCUACAACAUGCUCGAGACCCGUUCUCAGAACACCUUCAAUCGUUACUUGCGCGCUGGAACAGUCCUUAAGAAUUAUCAUCAAGUCCUGGUCCUCCUCCUCCGCCUACGACAAGUCUGUUCGCACCCAUCUCUCAUCCAGGAGGGUGGUCAGGCGUUCGUUGCUCCAGGCGAAGCCGGAGAGGAAUCAGUUCACGCUGAGCCUGCGACUGAGCUAACCCGCGCUUGUAGCUCGGUUGGCCCGGACUUCGUGAAGAGAAUGAAAGAGAAGUUCAAGCAGGAGGCAUUGGACCGGCUCGAGGCUGAGAAACUUUCGGCUGAUGCAACUAUCGAGGAGGAAGAGUGCGCUAUAUGCCACGAUAAUCUAACCGAUGCUGUAAUCACCGCAUGCGCCCAUACGUUCUGUCGUGAAUGCAUUGAACUUUAUCUCAAGACCACUCAACCAAACGCAGAGGCCGCCGACGGUGCUAACAAGAAGGAUCAUGAUUGCCCAUGUUGCCGCGGGCCCAUCAAUUCGAAGAAAAUCUUCUCUCGAGCUGCUUUUGAGCCCACCGACGAGGAUCUCAAUCCCAAAGCUGCCUACGAUAGUGACAUCGAGAUGAUGGAUGCCAACGACGUUCCUCUUCGCAAGGGCAAGGGGAAGGGGAAAGGCAAGGGGAAAGCGACUGCUCGUCGUCCCAGGAAAGCUGCCAGUGGGCGUCGAACCUACAUUGAAUCGCACGACGAAGGCAACGAUGUCAACGCUUCUGGGUCGGACGAGGGGUAUCAAGACGACGAGGACGACGAUAUGAGCGAUUUCAUCGUCCAGAGCGACGAAGACGAGGAACAGAAGGACGCCUAUCGGGCUACGAAGAAACGUCUGGGAAAGAAGCGGGCGACUGUCAUAUUGGAUUCGGACGAUGAGACCCCCGAGGAGAAGGAGGUUCUGCUCGGAGUCAAUCCGAAGGGACCUACGACUCCAGAGCAGAUUGCGCUGAUGCCGAAGUUUUUGCCUUCGACGAAGAUGAAGUACAUGAUGGAUCAGUUGGGGGCGCUUGUGAAGGUUCGCCCUGACGAGAAGACGCUCAUCGUGUCUCAGUGGACUGGAUGUCUGUCACUCGUUUCUGACUACCUGACGGAAAAGAACAUCCCUCAUGUCAAGUACCAAGGAGACAUGGACCGUACAAAGCGUGAUCAGGCCGUGAAGGUCUUUAUGGCUCGCGAGAAGGCUCGUGUUAUGUUGAUGUCGUUGAAGUGUGGAGGUGUUGGCCUGAACCUUACACGCGCGAACAACGUCAUAUCUCUCGACCUCGGAUGGUCUCAGGCGGUUGAAGCUCAAGCCUUCGAUCGUGUCCACCGCUUGGGGCAGCAGAGAAAGGUUGUUGUCCAGCGUGUGGUUAUACAGGAUACAGUUGAAGAUCGCAUCUUGGAGAUGCAAGAGAGAAAGCAAACUCUCGCCGACGGAAGUCUUGGUGAAGGCAGCGCGAAGAAACUUGGCAGACUUUCUGUGAAAGAGCUCGCCAAUCUCUUCGGCCUUGAUCGCUUUGGACGCCGCCAGAAUUGA